AUGUCUUCGUCAACGCUGCCCUCUCAAUCCUCGAUCUUGGGCCCCAUAACUCCAAACAUCGAUUUGACCCACCGUCCUUAUCAUACCAAACCGGCCUUCACGGGAUCCUGGACUACUCCCUUCCGGGACGGUCUGCCCACCCCUCCCACCGACAUGACCGGCAUCGCCUACAACGCAAUCCCCCCGGUGGGCCAUGGAGGAAGAGUUCACGGAAUGCCCUCAACUCAUUACAACUACGCCCGCCCAUUUGACGCCAUCUCCUCCUCGAUGGUAGCUGCCAUGAAGCCCACUCAUUCGGCCCCCGCCAAAGAGGCCCCCGCACCCGAACAGCCCCAGAAGAAAUCAUCAAAUGGAACUGCAAAUGGCGCCAAUCUUCAGAUCCCUUCGUCAAUCAACAACAGCAAAACAAGCUUGGCCGAGUUCGCAAGCCAGAUGACUUGCUUAUUCUGGUUUGAAAAGACCUCGAAACUCCAAGCCAUCGAAGACCGACAGUAUCCAGUGCCAAGCCUCGUCGCCGAAGCCAUGCCCACCCCCGCCUUCCAAAAGUGGGUUGCGACAAUUCUUUCAACAACCCAGGUUAGCCAGAAUGUGAUUCUGCUUGCACUGUUGUUUAUCUACCGAUUGAAGAAGUUCAAUGCUGGUGUGAAAGGCAAGAAGGGCAGUGAAUUCCGCCUCAUGACUGUUGCUUUGAUGCUCGGCAAUAAAUUCCUGGACGAUAACACUUACACCAAUAAGACAUGGGCCGAGGUAUCAGGAAUCGCGGUCCAAGAGAUUCAUGUCAUGGAGGUCGAGUUCCUCAGCAACAUCCGCUAUGACCUUUUUGCCUCAGAGGCAGAAUGGGCUCGCUGGCACACCAAGUUGGGUCUCUUCGGUAAUUACUUCGAUGCCGCAUCCCUACAGCCUGUCGAGUCAGAGAUCUCCACUUUGCAGGUCUCGCCGCCCCGAUUGAAGCCCCAAUCGCCCUUGUCCAAGUUGCCAUCGCCCCCAUCGGACUUCCGCCCGCAAUCCCAGCCCAACUGGUAUAUGCCCGUUCCUGGACUGCCUUACCCUGCCCCACAAUUGGGUGAAAUUGCUCCUGGUGGAUCUCGCAAGCGCAGCCGUGAUGAUGAGCACGAACUACAACCCAUGAAACGAAUCGUUCGCCCGGCGACCAACCCUGCUCCACAGCCAGCACCAUUGAGCAUUCCCGCGAGUGCUAUGAAUACGCUUCCCCCCGUUCUCACCCCAACCUCUGCUCCAAUUUCGCAGGGCCCAGGACGUCUCCCACCACCAAACCUCAACUUGACCCCAACAUCAAACCCCAUGUCUCAGCAACUUCCUUCGACUCCAGUUUCGCAGCUCCCAAUGCCGGCUCGUAUGCCUCCCACUUACAACCGGUCUGCCAACUGGAUGCCGUCUCACCAGCUGCCCUCUGCGCAAUUGCCGCCGGUGUCUUCGGGUGCCUACAAUGCACCACCCCUUCCUGAUCUGGCUCGUCACCACCAGAGCAGUCCCUUCGGUGUCUCAUCGUCGGUCGUAUCUCCGGCUGUCUCCGCUUACUCCGUUAACACCCCCCAAAAUCACCUCUCUCCAUCAUUCUUCCUGGCAAACCGCAAUUCUCCCUACCGCCCUGUCCGCUCAGUUCACACCCUCUUGAUCCCUCCCCCUUCGACCUCGGUGCAGCAGCAGCGCAGUGUUCCAUUUGACCACAUGCACUACCAACCAUUGAGCAAGGGCUCCACCGAUCGUAAGACCGGUCUUCUACCCUUCAUUCCAUCAGACCCAUGGUACCAGGGCCAAAGCCAAAUCUCUCAACAGCCCUACUACACUCCUUCUCAAGCUUACUCUGCUUGA